CAGAACCUCUCUAAAAAUCACAAAUUCAAACAAUUUUUCCACCUCUUUGGUCCUCACCGGUGUCACCACUCACCAUUCAUCAACUGACAUCCAGGACGAUCAAACAAUGGAAGCUAAAGAAGCAGGUUCAUCCUUAGAGUCAAUUAUAUUAUCCUUCAACACUCAAAUUUCUGAUCUUCAAGAACUCAUUAUCGCACGAAACAUGUAUCCUGGGAGUAGCAUUGCUGAUCUCACAGCAAUUGAUGCAGCAGUGAAAGCUAUGGAGCUUCAAAUUCAAUCAAUUAAAGAUACAGUGCGUGAAGAAUCCCUAGCUCUUCCUAAAGCCAAGAAAUUGAUUGAAGCUUCUCUAAAGCAGCAGAAAAAGCUGCAAGAAAUGGCAAUCCAUGUCCCGUCACACUUAACUGUUAAAACGAUGGCUUUGCAAAGUGACUCGAACGAUCAUUUGCAGCCUGAUCCUUCCAAAGAUAAUAAUAUGUCGUCACUUGGAUCGUUGAAGAUUGAUGAAGAGCCUGCUGUAUUGGCUAAGGAGAAAAAGGGACGCGGACCUCCACCUUUGUGGUACAUUUCUGGAGAUGAGCUAGCAUCUUUAUCAUCAUACAUGAGAGGAAGAUUGACCCUUGAGAAAGUGAAUGCCGCUGUAACUGAUAUGGCAGCAUAUGCUGAAUCAACUGCUCAGCUUAUAUCAGCCCCUAAAAAGAAGUUGCCAGAAAGCGUAUGGGAAAGAGCCUUGGAGCUGCGAGACAUUGCAAUGACUGAAGGAGUUAAAGGAAAACAUUUUUUUCUUGAGAGCGACAUAAAGGGACCUUCACUGAAGCUUGACAAUACUGGAAAAGCAAUACUGACGGUUCUUCGUCACCUAGGUCGUAUCAGUGAGAUAAGGGUUGGGCAUAAUCGUGUGAUUAUCCUUUCAAAACCUCAGUAAAUGAAUUACAACUUACAAGCAUACUAUUUGCAAUUGCAUGCAGGCACAGCAUUCAUCAAUGGUUCUGGGGAUGUUAAUUUUCACUUAUUGACAGUUGGACAGAAAUCUCCCAGCAUCCAAUUUGGGAUUACAUUCACAUUACCACUUAUUUGAUGUGUAUUGACUGUAUACACUUUUACUUAUCAUUGACAUUGGACUCCCAUUACUUAGGCGAUAUAUGAAAAUUUAUAUUGGGUAAAAAGACGAAGUUAGCUUUUCAUUGAACUUUCUGCUUGUGCUCCAUUUCUUAAUUGCUUAGUGGUUGAAUUAUUGAAUGAUUCCAAGUUUGUAAUUAUGACAUCCCAAAUAACCGAAGUAUAUAUAUACCUUACAAAUC